CGCGUUGAUGACAUAGUGCAGAGUAUAAAAGACUCGCAGCUCUUUGCUUCUACAUGACUGAGCUCCUAACUCAGCAUGGAGAACAUAUACGUCAGGCAUGUGGAGCUGCUGGGCUUCGAGAAACGCUUCUUCCCGAGUCAGCACUACGUGUACAUGCUGAUGGUGAAAUGGAGCGACCUCGCUGAGAAGCUCAUCUACAGGACGUAUCCUGAAAUCCACACUUUCCAUAAAUCUCUGAAGGAGAUGUUUCCCAUCGAGUCUGGUCAAAUAGAAAAGAAGGACAGAAUCAUCCCCUCGUUACCUGCUCCGCGGUGGGUGGACAGCCAGAAGUCAAGAGAAGACAGGCAGAUCACCUUGGCCGAGUACUGCCAGUCCCUGGUCAACCUGCCGCCUCACAUCUCCCGCUGCAAACACCUCUCCAACUUCUUCAAGGUCCGACCGGAGGACGAGAACCCGCCCGCACCGAACACACUGAAAAGAAAUGAGACAUUCGUGGAGUCCAGGGAAAUUGCCAGAGGCGUCGCAUCUGAGAUUUCCGGACCCAUCAUCUUGGACACCUACAGGGUGAUUGCGGACUUUGAAAAGACGUCCAAACAUGAGAUCGGCCUGCACUCCGGAGACCUGGUGGAAAUUGUGGAGAAAAAUCCAAACGGUUGGUGGUUCUGCCAGUUGGAGUCAAAGCGAGGUUGGGUUCCUGCGUCCUACCUGGAGCCUCUGGACGGACCAGAGGAGGCCGAGGACGCCGACCCCGACUACGAAGGUGAGCUCCACGUCACCAUCCAGGCCUACAAGGCCGAGCAGGAGGACGAGAUUUCUUUGGAGCUGGGUGAAACCGUCGAGGUCAUCCACAAGCUGCUGGACGGGUGGUGGGUCGUCAGGAAAGGAGACGAGACCGGUCAUUUCCCCUCCAUGUUUCUGCAAAAUGCCGGCAAGAAGGACAAAUAUGAGGCAGCGAGGGCGAAUCUGCGGGGACAGAAACCACCACCUCGAAGGUCCACCAUCAGAAAUGCGAAGAGCAUCCACAGCAAGUCUCGUAAUCGCCUCAGCCAGGACGCCUACCGCAGGAACAGUCGCAGAUACCUGCAGCAGAAGGGCGGCCUCUCGGCGCCACACAGGAACUCCAAGAACUCUGCUAAGUCACCGCUGAGAGAGAGGAAGAACCAAGACAACAUUCCCGAGCAGUCCAGCUCCAGCUCUGAGAGCGAGAUGAAGAAGGAGCCUCCGGUCAUCCCUCCCCGGCCCAGUCCAGAGCUCAUCCUGGAGCGCUGCACCGACAACACCCGCAAGAAAGUCAGCGUCCACAAGUCACGCACCAGCUCCACCAGCUAACACAGCGGGGAAAAAACGCAAUAAAUGAAACUUUAUUUGAGUUUAAGAAGUGUCAACGAGUGUAAAGGAGGUAGAAUAGCUGUCUGAUGCCUUUCUGUGUCCGUUUUAUUCAGGAGAAAAGCUGUAUUAUUUCAUUUAAUGUUAACAAAAAGAGCAGCAAGUAUUUCUAACGGAUGUUUACUGUAAGUUUUUAAUCAAACAAACGGGAGAAAACGAUGCAUCUGAGUCUAAACAUUGUGGCUAUUAUUUAGCUCUAUCUUUUAAGUUUGGAUUAAAACAUGCCUCCUUUGAUGACAUGUGGAGGUUUUGGAGCAUGCAGUCUGCAGAACUUUGUUUUUAUUUAUUGUUAUCUGACUAAAAAUAAAAUUGUGGAACAAGGAAA